GUGCGCGCAGGGAGCCAGGCCCGGGGCCGUCGCCGCUGCCGCCAUCGUAGCCUCCUGCCAGCCUCGCACCAUGGCUGAGACGCUCUCCACCGCCACAUCAUACACCGAAGACGACUUUUACUGCCCGGUCUGUCAGGAGGUGUUCAAGACCCCGGUGCGGACCGCGGCCUGUCAGCACGUUUUUUGUAGAAAAUGUUUCCUGACUGCUAUGAGAGAAAGUGGAAUACACUGUCCCCUCUGUCGUGGAAAUGUAACUAGAAGAGAGCGAGCAUGUCCAGAACGGGCCUUAGACAUUGAAAAUGUCAUGAGGAAGUUUUCUGGUAGCUGCAGAUGCUGUGCAAAACAGAUAAAAUUUUAUCGCAUGAGACAUCAUUACAAAUCUUGUAAGAAGUAUCAGGAUGAGUAUGGUGUAUCCUCCAUCAUUCCAAACUUUCAGAUCUCUCAAGAUUCAGUAGGGAAUAGUAAUAGGAGCGAGACAUCUACAUCUGAUAACACAGAGACGACCUAUCAAGGAGAUGCAAGUUCUACUGGGCAUCCCACAUUUAAGUGUCCCUUGUGUCAAGAAGCAAACUUUACAAGACAACGUUUACUGGAUCAUUGUAAUAAUAGUCACCUCUUUCAGAUAGUCCCUGUGACGUGUCCUAUUUGUGUGUCUCUUCCAUGGGGAGAUCCUAGCCAGAUUACUAGAAAUUUUGUUAGUCAUCUAAAUCAAAGACAUCAGUUUGAUUAUGGCGAAUUUGUGAAUCUUCAGUUAGAUGAGGAAACACAGUAUCAAACUGCUGUUGAAGAAUCUUAUCAAGUAAACUUCUGAAGGUUGUAGUCAUCUGCAUCUUCUGUCUGCAAGUGCCAUCUUUGAGGGAAAUGAAUUCACGUUUCAGUAACCUGAUGUGUAUAUUAAUAAAAAGGAAUUCAGUCUACUCUUUUGUUUUUAUUUUAAAACAAGGGUAGAUCUUUACAAACAUUGUCUUUUCAUCCUUGAGAAAUGGAGGUAAUAGUAUUACUUAAAAAGCAUAGAAAGGAACUUCCCUGUGGUGAUGGUUAUAAAAAAUGGAAUCUGCUGAUGUAAAUGUUGUACCUUAUUCUUUUCUAUGUUAAGCUUCCUUGAAGUUCUCAUUUCUCAAUUUUUAAUUUGAUAUAAUUUUCUCAUUUUAUUCAUUGUGCAGUAAAUAAUAGUAGCAAAUUUUUUUUAAAGAAUGGAUUAAACCCGUAUAAA